AUGACUGUCAACAGUAUGACCCUGACGUUGCCCAGCAUUACCUACAUCAUUGUGGAGAUUCUAAUUGGACUCUGUGCCAUAAUAGGCAACGUGCUGGUCAUAUGGGUGGUCAAGCUGAACCCCAGUCUGCACACCACCACCUUCUAUUUUAUCGUUUCCUUAGCUCUGGCUGACAUUGCUGUUGGGGUGCUGGUAAUGCCUCUGGCCAUUGUCAUCAGCUUGGGCAUCACAACCCACUUCUAUAACUGCCUUUUCAUGACCUGCCUGUUGCUGAUCUUCACUCAUGCCUCCAUUAUGUCCUUGCUGGCUAUUGCUGUGGAUCGAUACCUACGAGUCAAGCUCACUGUCAGAUACAAGAGGGUCACCACUCAGAGAAGAAUAUGGUUGGCUCUGGGCCUUUGUUGGUUGGUGUCAUUCCUGGUGGGACUUACACCCCUGUUUGGUUGGAACAUGAAACUGAUCACAGAGUACAGAAAUGCUACCUACAUCCCCUGCCAGUUCUAUUCCGUUAUGAGGAUGGACUACAUGGUCUACUUCAGCUUCUUCACCUGGAUUUUGAUCCCCCUGAUUGUCAUGUGUGCAAUCUACUUUGACAUCUUCUAUAUCAUCCGGAAUAAACUUAAUCAGAACUUUUCUGGCUUCAAAGAGACAGGUUCAUUUUAUGGAAGGGAGUUCAAGACUGCGAAGUCCCUUUUCUUGGUUCUCUCCUUGUUUGCUGUGUCCUGGCUGCCUUUAUCCAUCAUCAAUUGUAUUACCUACUUUCAUGGUGACGUACCACAAGUUGUCGUUUACUUGGGCAUUCUGCUGUCCCAUGCUAACUCCAUGAUGAACCCAAUCAUCUAUGCUUACAAAAUAAAGAAGUUCAAGGAGACCUACCUCUUGAUCUUCAAAACCUGUAUGGUUUUCCAGUCCUCACAUUCUUUGGAUCCAGGCAGUGAACAGAGUUCUGAUUUAGUUAUCCAAGGAAGAUGA